AAAUAGGGGGUAUGAGAGCAAAGAGCUUAUUUUCUGUGGUGUCUUGGUUAGGUUAGGUGGUAGAUAUCGGGGCAAAUUCACAUAAUUCCAUCUGCAUCUCUCUGGUAAACUAGAUUCAUGUUUUCUGGUAAGUAACAUAAUGUAUUUUGUUGUUACACAUGGCAUUACUGUUGCUGUAUAUAUAUCUUUUACCUAACUUAACCUAACCAAACUGUCUUGUACAGUCCAACUCAUUCUCUAACAGGUAAUAAUUGUGAUGGCAUGGCAUAGGUACAUGACAAUGAUUACUGAAAUGUCACUUACCAAAAAAUACAUAUCAGAAUGUGCAUAUCAUAGAAAAUGGCAGUAAAAAUAAGAACAUAGGAAAAUAAGGAAAGCUGCAAGAAGCCAUCAGGCCUCCAGGUGGCAGUACAUGUAUGAAGCACACAUACCUAAAGUACAAUCUGCCACUGCAACAGUCAGAGGAGUGUGGCCGAGUGUGCUCACUAUGUCUUGAAAUGUGGUAGGGAGAUGCAGACUUCCUCAGAAGAAUGACAUGUUGACACACUUUCUAAAUUGCAAAUAUAGAGAACUGCUUGAGCAAACAAAUACACUUCUUUCCAGUUAUGUGGGUAUCUUAGUCAUAAGAGUAAUCAAGUUUGAAAGUGCCAUACACACAAGACUGACCACCAGACUUGUAUGCAACCACUGCAGCUCACUGAGGAUGAGCAGGCCAGCUACAGACAUAGAGGACAUCUUGCCCCCCAAGCCCCAGGCACCACACCCUAGUGACUGCUGUGGCACUGGCUGCUGCCCCUGCGUGCACGACAUCUACGAGCAGGACCUGAAGGCCUGGCGCCAGCAGUGUGACCUUAUAAGGGGCGGCACACAGGAGGAGCACCAGACCGGCGCUGCCAUAGAGCCACACAAGUGGACUGAAUUUGAAAUCAUUAAAAUUGAUCAAGUAAACAAGGAUACUAUUUUGUACAGUUUCAAAAUACCAGAUAACAAGAGUUUGGGAAUCAAAGUUGGGCAGCAUGUAAUAGUGAAGCAAACAAAAAAUGGAAGGCUGUGCACCCGUCAGUACACUCCCAUCACAGACAUAGAUAAACAGGGCAUCUUUGAGGUGCUCAUUAAGAUUUAUCCAAAUGGAAAAGUCACACAAGUCAUCAAGAACUGGAAGGUUGGAGAUUUCAUCCCUUGGCGAGGACCCUUUGGUGAUUUCCUAUACACACCAAACACCUACAAGUGUAUAUUGAUGUUGGCAGCUGGCACAGGCAUUGCUCCAAUGUACCAGAUUGUUAAGAGCAUCAUGCAAAAUGAAGAUGAUGAGACAGCUGUUAAGCUCUGUUAUGCCUCAAAAACCUUCUCAGAUGUCUUGCUUCGCAGUGAGCUGGCAGAGUUUUGUCAAUACUGGAAUUUCACCAUGUGUUACUACCUCAGUGAGGAGAAGGAUGUAAGGGGCAACAAGAGAUACAGGGAGGAGGCAGAGGCCAGGAGGCUGAGUAAGGCAGAGGUGCAGCAGGAGCUCGAGAGAGGCCCACUGCACUCCACUCUUGUACUUGUGUGUGGAACCAAGUCCUUCGAAAAAGAUAUGGUUAACAGUGCCAAAAAUGUAAAUGUUCCUGAUGAAAAUAUUUAUAAAUUCUAAUAAUAUACCUUGAAACCCAAAAGCUUAUGCAUUAUAUGGUUUUAAGGGAUAUUGAUAUAUUUUACAUACAACUUAGAUGUAUAUUUAUGCUCAAUAUAUUUUACACAACCCCCUAAGGUAGAGGGACACAGUCAGGUAGGAAGAAUACUGCCACAAUAUUCCUUGCGAGUCAUAAUACAGACACAGUGAAGGGCCUGGAGGUCCCUCCUCUGUAAUCUUACUGCUGAGACAACGCAUGGUGUCAUGUCUUGGCUAUGCCCACCUUAUAGGAGAUGGCAGCAUGAUAUACAGAUGUACAUAGAUGCAUAUUCUUUACCUAUACCUCAUAAAUGUGAUAUCUACAGGAUGUGUUUAUGCAGCACUCAAGUUGGUGUGGGAGACUCAGCAGCCAGUGUGUGGCUAAGCCUCUCCCUAACAGAUGAGUGAACAUGUCUCAGUGGCCAAAAUGAUUAAGAAAGUGACAUUUGUGUGAAAUAUAAAUAAACUUAUUUAGAAAA